AUGGGUCGAGCUGGAGCAUCGCGGAAGAAGUUCUACUUCCAAUUCAUCACUACACCAACGGCUGAUACUGUCGGGACCUCACUUCUCCUCCAUUUUGACAACAAAAGAUACAUUUUCGGCGAUAUCUCGGAAGGUACACAACGAGCAUGCGUACAACGUGGCAUUGGGCUUAAGAAAGUAAAGCAUAUUUUCCUCUCUGGCACAACCACAUGGAAUAACACCGGAGGCUUGAUAGGGAUGGUGCUAACGAUGGCCGAUGCUCAAGCAGCGGAAAGAGAGUCUGAUAUGCUUCGAUUUGCCGGCGCGGCUACCUCUACAACAGAUGCUCGGAUCUCGCAAGAUUCUAAAGAGCAGAGCCGCUUCAUGGAAGGCGACGCGUUGACAAUACACGGAGGUGAACGCCUGCUGCAGACGUUGGCUUGUUGCCGGGGAUUUGUCCUUCGGAAGGGACUACCCAUCUCAGUGAAUGAAAUUGAACAUUCGGAUGAGCCGAAUCUUGAUGGGCCCACCUGGAGCGACGAAAACAUUCGAGUGUGGGCCAUGCCCAUAGCGCCUUCUGUCUCUGAAGCCUCUGAGAGCGACGAAGCGGAGACCUCAGAUGGGAGUACUUCGAGUGCAGAGGGAAGCUUUGGCACAAAUGGGAGGAAACGAAGUCAUGAUCAAUUCACACAAGGGGGUGACGGAAGCAUCCUACCUGGUAGUCCUGACCCUGACCAGCAUCAGCGGCAUCAAAAAGUGCGGCAGCGCAUAGUCACUGACAUGUUCAAUUCCGACUGGAACCGUGAUGCGCUCUUUGAGACGCCGUUAGCAGAUGUGAAGAUGCCUGCGGCAAUGUUCGUUCGGGACCCGGAGACGAAAAGGAUUACAAGCUACACUGGGCCAAGACCCGGUGACGGCCAUUCUCUACCCAAUAUCAAAGUGCUGGUCAGACAUCCUUGGCCUAACGCCCUUAUAGGGGACUUACCUCCGGUUCGCAAUAUUGGCUUCAAGCCUGCAAUGUCCUACAUAGUGCAAGGAUAUCCUCAACGAGGAAAAUUCGAUAUUCGGAAGGCGCAAGCUCUUGGUGUACCAGAAGGACCGUCAUAUAGCUCUUUGGCGGCUGGGAACUCGGUCACCUUGAAGGAUGGGACUAUCGUUACGUCGGAUAUGGUGCUAGGACCUACCAAGCCUAGUCGAGGCAUUGCCAUCAUUGAGCUGCCUUCUGCGAGAUACGUAGAGAAUCUGAUUCGCCGUCCAGAGUGGACAUCUGAUAAGAUUAGAAAUGGUGUCGCUGCAAUUUGCUGGAUUCUUGCGCCAGGAGUAAUAUACUCCACUAAACUGAGGAUGUUUAUGAAGUCUAUGCCUGACGUGGAGCACAUCGUCUCCUCUACAGAGGUUUGUCCAAAUUAUCUCUCCUUCGAUUCAUCUGCUGCAUCGGCGGUCCGACUUUCGCGCAUCUGCAGAAACUAUUUCCCUGUUCCAUUCCACGACAAUGCUACAUUGCCACAAUUUCAGUCUUCAAGUCUUGGAAGAAGCCAUAGACUUGAUGAGUUCGCUGCAGCUGACAGAGGCUUGAAGGUCCAGAUAGAGCCAGAGUUCUUGAUAAGCAAGGAUGAAAUUCCGCCUCUGCUUAACAUUGCAGAGGUGGUCAACGAUCUACCAAUCAAAGUCCAACAAUAUGCUAGCAUUGCCUGUCAACAGGUCGCCACAGAGAUGGCUUUUGGAAGUGGUAUUGAUGCCCAGAGAGGUCAUGAAUAUUCAGAAUAUGACCCUGAGAUCAUUACGCUUGGAACAGGUUCUGCUCUGCCAUCGAAAUAUCGCAACGUCUCGGCUACUCUCCUGCGGACAGGCAGAUAUGGUAAUUUCUUGUUUGAUUGCGGAGAAAACACCAUCGGACAGCUGCGUCGAAUAUUUGACGGCCCCGAAUUGGGCGAGGUAUUAAGAAAUCUUAAAUUCAUCUGGCUAUCGCACGGACAUGCAGAUCAUCAUCUUGGUACCAUCUCUGUACUACUCUCACAUCGACACGCUUGCAAAAACGUAAAUACGCCGGUUCGAAGGAAAAGGGGCACAAAUGCGCCUCACGAUCCACCCUGCCGUGUUGUCGUUGCUUCUGGUAGUAAGUUGCUCAAGUUCCUAGAAGAGUAUGAAAGUGUUGAGAAGCUGGGAAACGUGGAAGAGCUCUUGUGUCAGCGGUAUGAAGCACCCAUCUCAGAUAAGUUGGGGGGGAAGGCAAAUUCCUUGCUCCAGCAGAUCGGCAUAAAGCAUCUGAGGACAACCCAUGUGGAGCAUUGUCAUGGUGCUCAAGCUAUCGCCAUCACAUUUGCAAAUGGGUUCAAAUUCUCCUACAGUGGCGACUGUCGUCCUUCCCUUCAAUUUGCAAGAAUCGGGAAAGAUUCCGAUGUGCUCAUUCAUGAAGCCACUUUUGAUGAUGACAUGCAGGGAGAUGCGCUGGCCAAAAAGCACUCGACAACUGGCGAGGCACUAGGCGUCGCGGCGAAGAUGGAGGCCAAAAACCUGAUACUUACACACUUUAGUCAGCGUUACCAGAAGUUACCUGUCAUGGAAAACAUCAAGCUACCAUCUUCAAUGAAGGGGCCUCCAAGCGACAGCGUCGAGGAAUCGCUAGCAACUCUAGACGAGUUGGAUGAGACCGGUAGAGCCGUUGAAGAUGCCUUGUCUAAUGGCGAGUCGGAAUAUAUGGAAGAGAGCGAAAAGCUUGUGGAAUGGAGCCCCUCAGGCUCCGACCUGCCGAAGACGGAUAUGAACAUAGGUGUUGCAUUCGACUACAUGCGUGUUCGAGUAUCUGAUAUCAAACAUAUGAAGACAUUCACACCAGCACUGGCUGCGCUGUUCGAAGCAGAACAGACAAACUCAGGCAAUAAUGACGCCACCCCACAAGCCAAAAAUGACAUUAUCAAUCGAGCAAAAGCAUUCAAGAAGUCUCAGCAAAACAUGGAAAUUGAGAAGCAAGAGCCCCGAAUGUCUGGCACAGCCAGAGUGAGCUCGCGAGACCUCCAGAAAUCCCUGGAGGGUCCAAGACACGACACGAAGAUCAAAAGUGAAGAGAGGAGCAAUCUACCUUCAAAGUUUCUUCAUGACUUGACGCCCAACUCACAUGCCAAAGCAGUGGUCACGACGGCGGCAGACGGACCCACCUUCGAAAUGUUGCCUCCUUCAGAUACCCGGCCAAAUCAUCCUCCAUAG